AUGGCAGAAGAACCAUACGUCUUCACACUCAAAAAACGAAAUAAUGAUGAUUCUGAAGACGAUUGGGACAGAUAUUCAGAAAACCUGCGACCGACGAGAAGAGGACGGAAGAUUGAGGCUUUGAGAAGAAAGCCAGAAGAGGUUGUAACAGAAGCAACGGCACGAGAAAAGCUCGAUGAGUUAUUGAAGACCCUUCAAGAAUACGAAAAUUCCAGCGAAAUCGACGAAAUUCAGAAAAUUCUCGAGUUUUGUUCGUGGUUCGAAGAAAAGUUGGCUGUUGGAUUCCACAAAUUGUACUAUGAGUUGCUCUGGAAAAUUAUUAGCAGACAAGGAUUCCUGGAAAAGUACAAAGACGACGAGAGAAUGCUGAAAAUAUGGGAGAGAAUGGCAGAUAACAGCGCCGGGCACGCUCAUGACAUUUAUCAGUUCGCUAUCAGCAGACAUUCGUUGAUUAAAUGCGCCGCCCUUUACGCUCGUUGGUCUCAAUGCGUCGAGCUGGCGGGUGCUUACGUGGAAGCUCGUCGAGUUCUUAUUCUGGCUCGUUCGAAUUGUGCAGUUCCUCUGAAAAUUAUUAAUGACGCGGAGGAUGAAUUAGAGAUGAGAGAUAUGCGAAGACAUCUGCAAGAUAGAGAUUCAGAUGACGAUGAAGAAUUCGAGGAGACGAGGAAGGCUUUCACUAAUUUACCCAUUAUCGGUGAAAACCACACUGUUCCGAUUGUCCGCUUGCCAUCAAUGUGUUCGGAUUCGACGAAAAAAGCGAUGAAAUUCGAUACGAAUAAUGUGGAAAAAGUGGAAUCUGUAUGCAUCGGGAAUCAGAUGCAACCCUUUGAGGUUCUCUCCUACGCCGAUGCGGACGAUGUGGAAUAUCUGAAGAAUGUGCAUGAAUUGAAUGCUCAUAUCGAACGAUAUGCGAUCAAAGAGACCAUAAAUCCAAGCAUUGCUGGCACUUCUUCAGGCUCGGCGACGAUCGUCCCAGUCACCGAUCACGGAUUCGAAGUUUGGACAGUUGAGAGCUCGAAUCCAACGAAGCCGAAAGCCAGAAUGGCGAUUAAGAGAAUUUUCAAGGAGAUUUCUUUUGAGGAAUACGCUGCGUCUCUCCUCCCAAAUCAUCCCUCGAUGCAGAGAGAAGCUGUGAAAAAGUUGGAUUUCGAUGAGACUUUGUGA